UCAUUCCUUUUCGUAAAAUACCAUUGCGAUUUCGGUUAUGAAAUGAUCGACGAAAUCGACACCCUAUUUUGUCACCAGAAAACUUGGGUGAACACCCUGCCAGUCUGUCGCGGAAAAGGUUUGUGCGAGAAAGACAACGGCGGGUGCAGUCACUCGUGUUUAUCUAUCAACGAUGCAACUGUGGAAUGCCGUUGUCCAAGAGGCAUGACUCUUGAUACCGAUGGCAAAACUUGCAUCAAGCCUAUUCCUAAGACAUUAUGUCGAUCUCUGGCGGGUUGCUCCUGCGCAUCAAUUGAUGACAACCAGUAUUCUUGUACAUGUCCGAAGGGAGCUAAAUGUCUACUGUUACGUGGACCUCCAAAACUGUAUGUAGAGCCACAGGGGCCGUAUGAAGUGCCUCCUGGAGGCAACAUUAACAUCACCUGCUCAGCCGUCGCUUACCCCUUCCCAGAUAUCUACUGGCAAAGGGGAGAUGAGCGUGUACACAACAUUCCUUCCAAGAUUGGAACAGUAAAGAACGAGCAGAUACUUAUUAUCAAGGAAUUAUUCAAAAAUGCAGAAUUCACAUGCCAUGCCAACAACUCCAUGGGGAAAGUGGAAAGGACUGUGAAAGUUAUCAUCACCGGUCCCGGAUCUGCCCCUGUGCUUCGCGGUGCACUAUCUGGCAGAACAACAAUCCAGAUUCGCUGGGACCCACCGCAUGUUAUCAAUCGACCGAUUACCAGCUACACCGUUUACUAUACGAAUAACGGCAACCAGCCUAUCAAGAACUGGCAAAAGCUGGAAGUUAAAGAACCCAAUCACCAAGCUACCAUCGAAAAUCUACGUCCCAACACACCAUACUACAUCCGGCUUCGAGCCAAUGACCAAAUGGGACCCGGUAGACUGGGCAACCCAGCUUCAGUGACCACACUGAGACCAGACCUGAAUAUACAACUAAAAUUCCUUUCAGCUGCCAGACCUUUGGUGACGAUCGAGCAAGGUGAGGAGCUCUUUGUAGCACCUCUGAAACCAUUUGAACUCGGAUGCAACAUUAGCAGAGCCGAUCCGGUACCAGUGGUUACUUGGCAGCAUAAGUAG